AUGGCGGCGCCCCCCGCCGCGAAGAACCCGAAGAAACCGGCGGCACGCCCCGUCAGGAAGCGGGCGGCGCGCGCCGUCGCCCCCCAGGACGCGGAGAAGGCGGCGCAUCCCGCGGCAGAGGCGGCGCCGGACGCGGAGGGCGCGAAGAAGGCGGCGGCGGCGGCGGGGCCCAAGGACUCGCGCCCGCUGUACCGGCGGCUGUCGGCGCUGGGGAACGCCCGGGAGGGGAGCGUCUCCGCGGUGCUCAACAAGUGGCUGCGGGAGGGCCGGGAGACGCGCUCCGUGGAUCUCGAGCGGUACGUCAAGGAGCUCCGCAGGUACAAGCGCCAUUCCCACGCCCUCGAGUUGAUGGAUUGGAUGGUUCAUACAAAGGGUAUGAACAUGUCUUACACUAACCAUGCAAUACGUUUGGAUCUCAUCUACAAAGUGCGUGGGAUCGAGGCAGCUGAAAAAUAUUUCGAUGGCCUUCCUGAGCCAGCCAAGAACCAUCGAACCUAUGGUGCACUUCUGAACUGUUAUUGCUCAUCGAAGAAGGAAGAGAAAGCAACGGACCUUUACCGCAAGAUGGAUGAGCUCGGAAUCUCAUCCAGCACUCUGCCCAUCAACAAUCUCAUGUCCCUAUACAUGAAGUUAGGCCAGCAUAAGAAGGUGUGUAGCCUGUUUGAGGAGAUGAAGGAGAAGAAUGUUAAGCCGGAUAACCUGACGUGCUGCAUUCUGAUGACCAGCUGUGCGGCAUUGAACAAGAUAGACGACGUUGAACAAGUUCUAAAAGAAAUGGAAGAAAAGGGUGGGGUUCUAGGGUGGUCUGCAUACAGCACGCUGGCUUCCAUCUACCAGAGUGCUGGUUUGGUUGAAAAAGCAGAGUCUGCUCUGAAGAAACUUGAGGGCCUUGUUCAAGAUCGUGAUGGCAGACAGCCUUUUGAUUUCCUCAUGAGUCUGUAUGCUUCCGUAGGCAAUCUGAGCGAGGUGAAGAGGGUGUGGGGCGUGGUUAAGGACACUUUCCCAAAAGUGACCAACACGAGCUACUUCAGCAUGCUGCAGGCUCUUCUUAAGCUCAAUGAUGCCGAUUACAUGAAGCAGGUCUUUGAGGAAUGGGAGUCUAACCAUGAGUGCUACGACGUGAAGCUGACUAACGUGAUGACUCGGGCCCACCUGAGGAAUGGCAUGGCCAAGGAAGCGGAGCAGCUGUGGGAGAAGGCCAAGGAAAUGGGUGCAUGUUUUGACUCUAAAACAUGCGAGCUGUUUCUCGAUCACUACAUGGGGACAGGGGACAUGAAAUCGGCGCUGAACUGGGUGGAGAAUGUGACGAAGCUCCCCAAGAAAGCAGGGAAGCUGGAUCCUGACAAGGUCCCGAAGUUCUCCAAGUACUUUGAAGAGCAGAAGGACGUGCAAGGCGCCGAGAGGUUCUGCAGCUGCCUGAGGGCGCUCGGGUGCAUCGACGGCAAAGCCUACGAGUCCCUCCUGCGGACCUAUCUGGCGGCUGGCGAGACGAGCCGCUCCCUCCGGCAGCAGAUCAAAGACGACAAGGUCGAGAUUUGCUACGACAUCGGGAAGCUGCUGAAGAGGCUGGGCGACAAGGGGCAAUGA